AGGCCAUGUGACAACCCAGAGCCAGCUAACGGAGGCCACUACUGCAGGGGCAAAUAUCAAGAAAUGUCCUAUACAAAAUGCAUUACAGCUGCUGUUUGUCCUGGAGGUCUGAAAUAUGUUCAGCUGUUCUGUCCAUUCUGUCUAGUGUCAGUCUCUCAAAGUCCUGGAGGUCUGAAGUAUGUUUAGCUGCUCUGUCCAAUGUCAGUCACUCAACGUCCAAAGGACAAACAAAUCUCAAAAGAUUGUCUAAACUUUGGGAAUGUAAAGUCAUCGUCUCAAGGAUUGUUCCAGAGGUGUGUUGUUACAGAAGGAUGUUUUCCAGAUGGGUGUUGUUACAGAAGGGUGUUGUUCCAGACAGGUGUUGUUCCAGAGGGAUGUUGUUCCAGAAGGAUUUGGUCCAGAAGGAUGUUAUUCCAGAAGGAUGUUGUUCCAGAGGGAUGUUGUUCAAGAGGGAUGUUGUUCCAGAAGGAUGUUGUUCCAGAAGGAUGUUGUUCCAGAAGGAUGUUCUUCCAGAAGGAUGUUGUUCCAGAUGGGUGUUGUUCCAGAAGGAUGUUGUUCCAGAACGAUCUUCUUCCAGAAGGAUGUUGUUCCAGAAAGAUGUUGUUCCAGAAGGAUGUUGUUACAGAAGGGUGUUGUUACAGAAGGUUGUUGUUACAGAAGGUUGUUGUUACAGAAGGGUGUUGUUACAGAAGGUUGUUGUUACAGAGGGGUGUUGUUACAGAGGGGUGUUGUUACAGAGGGGUUUUGUUACAGAAGGGUGUUGUUACAGAAGGAUGUUGUUACAGAAGGAUGUUGUUACAGAAUGGUGUUGUUAAAGAGGGAAAUUGUUACAGAGGGGUGUUGUUACAGAAGGGUUUUGUUACAGAAGGGUGUUGUUCCAAAGGGGUGUUGUUAGAGAAGGGUGUUGUUCCAGAGGGAUGUUGUUACAGAAGGGUGUUGUUACAGAGGGGUGUUGUUCCAGAGGGAUGUUGUUCCAGAAGGAUGUUGUUACAGAAGGAUGUUGUUCCAGAAGGAUGUUGUUCCAGGGGGGGUGUUGUUCCAGAGGGGUGUUGUUCCAGAAGGGUGUUGUUACAUAGGGGUGUUGUUCCAGAAGGGUGUUUUUACAGAGGGGUGUUGUUACAGAAGGGUGUUGUUACAGAGGGGUGUUGUUACAGAGGGGUGUUGUUCCAGAAGGAUGUUGUUCCAGAGAUGUGUUGUUCCAGAAGGGUGAUGUUACAGAGUGGUGUUUUUACAGAAGGAUGUUGUUACAGAGGGAUGUUGUUACAGAAGGGUGUUGUUACAAAGGGGCUUUGUUACAGAGGGGUGUUGUUCCAGAAGGAUGUUGUUCCAGAGGGGUGUUGUUACGGAAGGGUGUUGUUCCAGAGGGGUGUUGUUACAGAAGGGUGUUGUUACAGAGGGAUGUUGUUACAGAAGGGGUGUGGUUCUAGAGGGGUGUGGUUACAGAGGGGUGUUUUUCCAGAGGGGUGUUGUUGCAGAGGGGUGUUGUUUCAGAGGGGUGUUGUUUCAGGAGGGUGGUGUUUCAGGGGGAUGUUGUUACAGGAGGAGUGUUGUUCUAGAGGGGUGUUGUUACAGAGGGGUGUUAUUCCAGAGGGGUGUUGUUGCAGAGGGGUGUUGUUACAGAAGGGUGUUGUUCCAGAGGGGUGUUGUUACAGAAGGGUGUUGUUACAGAAGGGUGUUGUUCCAGAAGGGUGUUGUUCCAGAAGGGUGUUGUUACAGAAGGAUGUUGUUACAGAAGGGAGUUGUUACAGAAGGGUGCUGUUCCAGAGGGGUGUUGUUACAGAGGGGUGUUGUUACAGAGGGCUGUUGUUUCACGAGGGGUGUUGUUACAGAGGGGUGUUGUUACAGAGGGCUGUUGUUACAGAGGGGUGUUGUUACAGAAGGAGUGUUGUUACAGAAGGGUGUUGUAACAGAGGGGUGGGCAACCUGCGGCACAUUGUCACGUGCCGCCGUAAAACCUUGAUUAAUGUUUUUGUGCAAUGCUCAAAUUGUCGAUGAUUAGCUGUCAAGGUUCUGGCAAAUGAACAGUCAAUGUAGAAAGUUCACACUGUAAUAAGAAUGAUGGCAGCAAAUUGUAAAACUUUGAACUUUUCAUUUUCAAUCUGAUUACGGGAAGAAUUUUUCGGUUCUUCUUCUUCUAUAUAUUAAGGGCCCACGAUCAAUUUAUUGAUCAUUUUGGCUCCCUAUGCAUGUACAGGGGAUUUGCAAUGUUUCUGUGCCUGGUGCUGAUGAGGAAAUUUUAAAAUGAUUACAAGUGCCACUUUGUGAAGGAAUCAUGCAAGGUUGAACUCGGACUGAAUUUGUGAACCCUAUCUUCAUUGAGACAUUUUAAAAAUUAUUUCUGUCCGCCAAAAUAAAAAUAAAAAAUAAAAAAUGUUUUAAAAAAAUGUCCACGCGGUCCUCUGCUCACCCUCUACUAAAGGCUCCCCCUCUAUCUUUUUUUCGGGUAGGAGAGGUGCCUUUAACUAAAUACACUGGGCAACCCGUCUUAGAGAGCUUAAGGUAACUCUUCUGCUCAAAUGAACCAUCGUGGACGUCAGCUUGUAUGCAAAGCACUCUCUUGACUGCGGCAUAUUUUUGUUGUCAGUUUCAUAGAUUAGAGCCAGAUCUGUUUCAGAACUUAUAGGAAAGUGGAAUGAAAAUGAUUCUUUGAGAGGAGGACUAACUUAAGAGGCGUGGCCAACUUUUUGGGUAGCUAAAGUAUGGGGCAUAGCUAACUUAUGGGGCGUGGCUGACGUAUGGGGUGGGUAACUAAUGGUCGUGGCUAACACAUGGGGGGAGACAAACUUAUGGGGGUGGCUAACUUAUAGGGUGGCAUAGUUAUGGGGAUGGCUGACUUAUGGGGCGUGGAUACCUUAAGGGACACAUCUCUACACAAUGGGCUUGGCUAACUUAUGGGCGUGGCUAACUUAAGGGGAGCAUGUGUAUCAGUAGUUUAAACAUGAAACCAAACAUGCAAAGAUUUAGUUAACACAUAUCAACUUCACACAUGCGCAGAAACAUGAACAACAAUGAUGUCUAACAAAUAUACAGAACACACAGUGACCAAUCAAAACACUUACACUUGUAUUUUCUCUCUGGCAGGGUGUAAAAACUAUUCAUGGGGAGUUAUGUGUGACAAGAGCUGCCAGAACUGUGCUGACUACUGUGAAACAGAAACGGGGGUCUGUGGACGUUGCAAGAAGGGAUAUAAACACCCCACCACAACAUGUCACACAGGUAGAUAGCUAGUGCUUCCCACCUGUCAGAUAUGUAGAUAGCUAGUGCUCCCCACCUGUCAGACAGGUAGAUAGCUAGGGCUUCCCACCUGUCAGACACGUAGGUAGCUAGUGCUCCCCAUCUGUCAGACAGGUAGAUAGCUAGGGCCUGCCACCUGUCAGACAGGUAUAUAGCUAGUGGUCACCACCUGUCAGACAGGUGUAUAGCUAGUGCUCACCACCUGUCAGACAGGUAGAUAGCUAGUGCUCACCACUUUUCAGACAGGUAGAAAGCUAGUGGACCCCACCUGUCAGACAUGUAGAUAGCGAGUGCACCCCACCACCAUCUGUCAGACAUGUAGGUAGCGAGUGCGCCCCAACACCACCUGUCAGACAUGUAGAUAGCCAGUGAGUCCCACCACCACCUGUCAGACAAGUAGAUAGCCAGAGCGCCAACCACCAUCUGUCAGACAUGUAGAUAGCCAGUGAGCUCCAACACCACCUGUCAGACAUGUAGGUAGCGAGUGCGCCCAACACCACCUGUCAGACAGACAUUAUUUACUACAUCGUAUAUAGUAUAGCGUUUAAAAUGUAAUUUGACGCAAAUUUUAACGUGUGCACUGAAGAGUGAUUCCACCAAAUUUCCGUCACUCAAUUUUCAUUCAACGAAAUUUCUUUCAAACAAAUAUCCACGAACUGGAAAAAAUAGAUUGUUAUUUAAAAAAAAAAAGCCAAAAAAUAAAACACAAUAACAAUAAAAGCUAGAAAUUUUGUAUAACCCCUACCUUUCCACUCUGCCCCCACCCCCUAGGGUGUUCCAUUAACGAGUAUGGCCUGGAGUGUGAAGGAGUGUGUUCCAUGAAGUGCUAUGGCUUCGACUGCAUCGACCGAGUCACAGGGAAAUGUCCAACAGGUUGGUGGAAAACCUUCAACCCAGUGACACACACGAAGGAACAACUUAUGUUUCAAAUUAGAAUAUUUAUCAAUGAUAAAAAAAAUUCAUCCAGCAGACGUAAGUAGGAGCAUGGCCGUGACGUAACUAGGGUUAGUGCCAAGGUGCGCCUAACCUUUACCGCCCUAUUCCUACGAGAAGAACGUCACCACCGGAACUAGGUUACCUUUCCUACGCCACCGGAACUAGGUUACCUUUCCUACGCCACCGGAACUAGGUUAUCUUUGCUACGCCACUGAAACUAGGUUACCUUUGCUAAGCCAGCAGAACUAUGUUAUCUUUGCUACGCCACCGGAACUAGGUUAUCUUGUUACGCCAACGGAACUAGGUUAUCUUUGCUACGCCACUGAAACUAGGUUACCUUUCGUAAGCCACCGGAACUAGGUUAUCUUUGCACGCCACCGCAACUAGGUUAUAUUUGCUACGCCACCGCAACUAGGUUACCUUUCCUACGCCACCGGAACUAAGUUAUCUUUGCUACGCCACCGGAACUAGGUUAUCCUUUUUACGCCAACAAAACUAGGUUAUCUUUGCUACGCCACCGCAACUAGAUUAUCUUUGCUACACCAACGGAACUAGGUUUUCUUUGCUACGCCACCGGAACAAGGUUAUCUUUGCUACGCCAACGGAACUAGAUUAUCUGUUUUAUAAGAUUUUGAUAGUUGAUUUCGAAGAAAAUGUUUCAAGUUAAAGAUGCCUCGUUAAAAGUUCUUGGAUAACUACCUUGGAUAAUUACCUUGGACAACUACCUUGGAUAACUACCUUGGACAACUACCUUGGAUAACUACCUUGGAUAACUACCUUGCACAACUUCCUUGGAUAACUACCUUGGACAACUACCUUGGACAACUACCUUGGAUAACUACCUUGGAUAACUACUUUGGAUAACUACCUUGGAUAACUACCUUGGAGAACUACCUUGGAGAACUACCUUGGAUAACUACCUUGGAUAACUACCUUGGACAAUUACCUUGGAUAACUACCUUGGACAACUACCUUGGAUAACUACCUUGGAUAACUACCUUGGAUAACUACCUUGGACAACUACCUUGGAUAACUACCUUGGAUAACUACCUUGGACAACUACCUUGGAUAACUACCUUGGACAACUACCUUGGACAACUGCCUUGGACAACUACCUUGGACAACUACCUUGGACAACUACCUUGGAAACUACCUUGGACAACUACCUUGGACAACUACCUUUGACAACUACCUUAUAUAACUACCUUAUAUAACUACCUUGGACAACUGCCUUGGACAACUACCUUGGACAACUACCUUGGACAACUACCUUGGACAACUACCUUGGACAACUACCUUGGACAACUACCUUGGACAACUACCUUGGACAACUACCUUGGACAACUACCUUGGACAACUACCUUGGACUACUACCUUGGACAACUACCUUGGACAACUACCUUGGACAACUACCUUGGACAACUACCUUGGACAACUACCUUGGACAACUACCUUGGACAACUACCUUGGACAACUGCCUUGGACAACUACCUUGGACAACUACCUUGGACAACUACCUUGGACAACUACCUUGGAUAACUGCGACCAUAAUUGUAAAGAGCUAACAAUAAAUGAAGGCCUUUCUCGGUAACAUUUAUGCACUGACAUGUGAGUGAACGAUGAGUUUCCAUAGGAGCGUGUUUAUCUUUCUAGGCUGAAAUCAUUUUUUUUCCAUUAACGGAAUUUCUCAUGAAAAAUUCAAUAAUGUCAUUAAUGUCACCGAUACUAGAGCCUCAUAAACCAUUUUUACUCUUACUUUAUCUUUUAGUCGCAUAAAGAUACAUUUUUUUUUACCUUUCUCAAAUCGGCACAUAAUCGAAACAUGCCCAGUAAAGGGUUUGAUACAAUUAUGGGCACUUAGUAUAUAACUAAUACAGUCAUUUCAGCAAUAACACCUUGGUCCUUUCUUAUAGGAUGAUUAUUUUCAGUUAUUAACGCCUCACCCCGACGGCCCCAACUCCCUUUCAAUUAUCUACUGAUUAAGUGUUUCUCCAUUCCAGAGGCUGUGAUAGCGGUCUUCGUAGCAACUGUCGCCUUCAUCGUCUUCAUCAUCCUCAUCUGGUGAGUGGGUUGAUUCCACUUUUGCUGUUGGCACGAUGGAGGUUUGUUGGUUCAGUCUAAGCUGGCGGCAAAAGAUUUAGACCUGUGCUGAGACCAGAGUUUCAACGUUUUAUUUUAAUGUUACCGGUGUCGGCUAGGGUUAUGGCCGCCCGGGGGGGGGGGACAAGAUUUAGACCUGUGCUGAGACCAGAGUUUCAACGUUUUAUUUUAAUGUUACCUGUAUCGGCUAGGGUUAUGGCCGCCCGGGGGAGGGGGGGGACAAGAUUUCCGCCACCCCUUUCACGAAACAAACUGUGCGUUUGGCAACCCCCCCUCCCUCGUGUACAGCAAAAAGUGAAGCCCGGGGUAAGCAGCUCCCUACGCCAUCCUUCCUGCGCAUCUGGUUGUAACAUCUUAAGACCGACGGGUUCUAAGGUGUAAAGACUUCUGGUUGUAGCAGCUUCCGACCUCAUUUCUAUUUCUGUACUUUAGUCGACUCUCUCAUUAUUUUGUUGUGUGUCACAUUUCUGGUCAGUUACUAGUUGCUGUCAUGUCACAAUUGUAGUGAGUUACCAGUAUGUGUCAGGUCACAUUUUUUGUACAGUUGCCCGUUUGCGUCACGUCACAUUUCUGGUGAAUUACCCGUUUGUGUCACGUCACAUUUUGGUCUGCUACCUAUUUGUGUCAUGGCACAUUUCUGGUCAGUUACCUGUUUGUGUCGUGGCACAUUUCUGAUCAGUUACCCGUUUGUGUCACGAAACAAUUCUGGUCAGUUACCCGUCUGUUUAACGUCAAAUUUCUAGUCAGUUAACCGUUUCUGUCACGACACUUUUCUGGUCAGUUACCCGUUUGUGUCCCGUCACAUUUCUGGACAGUUACCAGUUUGUUGCACGUCACAUUUCUGGUCAGUUACCUGUUUGUGUCACGUCACAUUUCAGGUCAGUUAUCUCUUUGUGUCAUGUCACAUUUCUGAGCAGUUGCCCGCUUGUGUCAUGGCACAUUUCUGGUCAUUUAUCUGUUUGUGUCAUGUCACAUUUCUGGUCAAUUAUCUGUUUGUGUCACGUCACAUUUCUGGUCAGUUACCCGCUUGUGUCAUGGCACAUUCCUGGUCAGUUAUCUCUUUGUGUCAUGGCACAUUUCUGCUCAGUUAUCUGUUUGUGUCACGACACAUUUCUGGUCAGUUACCCGUUUGUGUCAUGGCACAUUUCUGGUCAGUUACCCGUUUGUGUCACGUCACAUUUCUGGUCAGUUAUCUGUAUGUGUCACGUCUCAUUUCUGGUCAGUUAUCUGUUGUGUCAUGACACAUUUCUGGUCAGUUACCCGUUUGUGUCACGUCACUUUUCUGGUCAGUUACCUCUUCUUCUUCUUCUAUAUCUUAAGGGCCCACGAUCAAUUUAUUGAUCAUUUUGGCUCCUAUGCAUGUAGAUGGGAUUUGCAAUGUUUCUGUUACUGUUUUGUGUCAUGGCAGAUUUCUGGUGAGUUACCGGUAUAUAACACUUCACAAUUCUGGUAAGUUACCAACAUGUGUUACGACACAUUUGUGGAGAGUUACUAUAAUUUAUCACGACACAUUUCUUUUGAGUUACCGAUUUGUGUCGCCCAGUCUACUGAUAGUCUUAGAUCAGCGAUUCUCAACCUUAGGUCCCGAACCCUUUGGCCUCGAACGAACCUUUCCUACGGGGUCGCCUAAGACCAUCGGAACACAGACCUACUUUACAGUCAUGAAGUAGCAACGAAAAUAAUUUUGUGAUUAGGGGUCGCCACAAGGUGAGGAACUGUAUUAAAGGAUCGCGGCAUCAGAAAGGUUGAGAACCACUGGUCCAGAUGCUGUAAAUAAUUUACUGUAACUUUUGUUAACUAUUAAAAGAACAGAAGAGUUUGAUAUGUGCUGAAGGCCUUAUUCUCUCCCCUUUGUUUAUCUCCCUUGCUCAGUUGCUACCAAAAAUUGAAGCUACCGAGCAGCCGACGAGCAGCAGACGUGUCACCAGGUGCUGACGUGCCCCAUGAAACGGGACAGAGUGGACUUGAUGGUGGACAGAGUGGCCGUGAAGGUGGACAGAGUGGUCAUGAUGGUGGACAGAGUGGUCGUGAUGGUGGACAGGGUGGUCGCGAUAGUAAACAGAGUGGUCGCGAUGGCGGACUGAG